AUGAAAGGCAUAGCAAAACUGAUCCACCACUGGGCAGAUGGUAUUCCCCGCUGUAUCAAACCCCAUCCCGAAGGCGAUCUGUCCCUUAACGAGCUCAAGGAAAAGAUCAAAGGGUGGCUGCUCUUUCUCCAAGAGAUCGGUGCCGUCUUGAUUGCCACUGAUGGCCCACAUUCCACGGUUCGCUCGCCUCUCGUGGGCAAGGAGGCUGCCAAGGUGACUCCCAUCGACUAUGCCUCGACCGUGUGUUUCACGCGUCAUACUCGCAAGCAUGCUCUCUUUCUCCGGGCCCGCCCACAUCAUCCCCUGUACCAGGUGCACCUCACCCGGAUGGCUACUGUGCCUGGCUGA